GCCGGCCGUGCGCCUGCGCGGUGGCCCUUCCAUCCCGGCAGUCGUGGCUGCGGCGCUGAGGCGAGAGGUUGGUGGGUGUCGCCGGCCACAAUGACCCAGGCUGAGAAGGGUGACACGGAGAACGGGAAGGAGAAGGGCGGCGAGAAGGAGAAGGAGCAGCGCGGCGUGAAGCGGCCCAUCGUGCCCGCGCUGGUGCCGGAGUCGCUGCAAGAGCAAAUCCAGAGCAACUUCAUCAUUGUCAUACAUCCAGGUUCAACAACUUUAAGGAUUGGUCGAGCCACAGACACUCUUCCUGCCAGCAUUCCUCAUGUCAUUGCCCGAAGACACAAACAACAAGGGCAGCCCCUAUACAAGGACAGUUGGCUCCUAAGGGAGGGACUAAAUAAACCAGAAAGUAAUGAACAAAGACAAAAUGGCCUUAAAAUGGUGGAUCAAGCAAUAUGGUCUAAAAAGAUGUCCAAUGGUACAAGACGCAUUCCUGUGUCCCCUGAACAGGCACGCUCCUACAAUAAGCAGAUGCGACCUGCAAUUUUAGAUCACUGUUCAGGAAAUAAGUGGACAAACACAUCUCAUCACCCUGAGUAUUUAGUAGGAGAAGAGGCCUUGUAUGUUAAUCCACUGGACUGUUAUAAUAUUCACUGGCCUAUCAGAAGAGGUCAGUUAAAUAUUCACCCAGGCCCUGGGGGCUCUCUUACAGCUGUUCUGGCAGAUAUUGAAGUAAUAUGGUCUCAUGCGAUACAAAAAUACUUGGAAAUCCCACUGAAAGAUUUAAAGUAUUACAGAUGUAUCUUGUUAAUUCCUGAUAUCUAUAAUAAGCAGCAUGUGAAGGAACUAGUGAAUAUGAUACUAAUGAAGAUGGGUUUUUCAGGGAUCGUGGUCCAUCAGGAGUCUGUGUGUGCCACCUAUGGAAGUGGCUUAAGCAGCACGUGUAUUGUAGACGUUGGGGACCAGAAGACAAGCGUAUGUUGUGUGGAGGAUGGGGUGUCUCAUCGGAAUACUCGGCUUUGUCUGGCAUAUGGAGGAUCUGAUGUGUCAAGAUGCUUUUACUGGCUAAUGCAGCGAGCUGGGUUCCCUUACAGAGAAUGCCAGUUAACAAAUAAAAUGGAUUGUCUUCUUCUGCAGCACCUUAAAGAAACUUUUUGUCAUUUAGAUCAGGACAUCUCUGGGCUUCAGGACCAUGAGUUUCAGAUUCGACAUCCUGAUUCUCCUGCCCUGCUUUACCAGUUUCGAUUAGGAGAUGAAAAACUGCAGGCUCCAAUGGCUUUGUUUUACCCUGCAACUUUUGGAAUUGUUGGACAGAAAAUGACGACUUUGCAGCACAGAUCUCAGGGCGAUCCUGAGGAUCCUCACGAUGAACAUUACUUGCUGGCCACACAGAGCAAACAAGAACAGUCUGCAAAAGCUACUGCUGACCGAAAGUCUGCAUCCAAACCUAUUGGAUUUGAAGGGGAUCUUCGUGGCCAGUCCUCUGAUCUUCCAGAAAGACUCCAUUCCCAGGAGGUAGAUUUGGGGUCCGCACAGGGAGAUGGCCUGAUGGCCGGCAACGAUUCCGAGGAGGCCCUCACUGCACUGAUGUCCAGGAAGACUGCCAUCUCACUGUUUGAAGGGAAAGCCCUGGGCCUGGAUAAAGCCAUCCUUCAUAGCAUAGACUGCUGUUCAUCUGACGACACCAAAAAGAAGAUGUACAGCUCCAUCCUAGUGGUGGGAGGUGGUUUGAUGUUUCAUAAAGCUCAAGAAUUUCUGCAGCACAGAAUUCUCAACAAAAUGCCACCAUCCUUCAGGCGAAUUAUUGAAAAUGUGGAUGUGAUCACAAGGCCUAAGGACAUGGACCCCCGGCUGAUUGCAUGGAAAGGAGGGGCAGUGUUGGCUUGUUUGGAUACAACACAGGAACUGUGGAUUUAUCAGCGAGAGUGGCAACGCUUUGGUGUCCGCAUGUUACGAGAGCGGGCUGCGUUUGUGUGGUGAAUGGGGAGGAAAUGUCACUGCCGAAGACCAAAAACAAGCUUCUUGGUACCAUCGCACACACUGUUGACGUCAUUGGAAAGAAGGAAGACGACUUUGUCUGCUGCCUUCUUUUGAGUGGCAAGCCACUGCACUGGACCCAUCUCUGCUAUUUUCUUUUUCUGCCACUUUUCAAGGAUGACCUCACUUCUGCAAUGGUUUUGAAGAAAUUCAGUGAAGUAACAAAUUGUGUGAUGGAAACAUAUUUCAGAUGGGUAAACCACAAGAACCUUAAUGGGGGGCAGUAGUGUGGUGGUAGAAAAGGAAGUCUUCUUGAUCCUUUCUGUGAGGGGAGAAAAGCAUUUGUUAUCUGUGAACAGCAAACAGCAGGCUUUCACUCUGUAAACCAUCCCUGACAAAUGAUCCCUUGCUAGAGAAUGUCAGCUGAGCACCAAGGGCCUUGUUAGUGACAGCAAGGAAAAACAUCCUGAUGUUCCUUUUGAACACAUCACCUGAAACACACUGAUGCUUAAACCUUAACUUUUUUUUUUUUUUUUUUUUGGAGACAUAGUUUCACUCUGUCGCCCAGGCUGGAGUGCAAUGGAGCGACCUCGGCUCACUACAACCUCCGCCUCCUGGGUUCACGCCAUUCUCCUGCCUCAGCCUCCCGAGUAGCUGGGACUACAGGUGCCCGCCACCACGCCCAGCUAAUUUUUUGUACUUUUAGUAGAGAUGGGGUUUCACCCUGUUAGCCAGGAUGGUCUUGAUCUCCUGACCUCGUGAUCCACCCGCCUGGGCCUCCCAGAGUGCUGGGAUUACUAAGUCCCUCUCACUAAAACAGUCGUCUCAACCAAGCCUUCUCUUUUCAGAUAAAUUCAUAGAAACUUUAGGUUUAAGAUACUUUGUUGGCUAGGUGUAGGCGUGGUGGCUUACACCAGUAAUCCCAGCACUUUGGGAGGCCAAGGCUGGUAGAUCACUUGAGUCCAGGAGUUCCAGACCAACCAGCGCAACAUGGCAAAACCCCAUCUCUACAAAAAGUACAAAUAUUAGCUGGGCUUGAUGGCAUGCAUCUGUGGUCCCAGCUACUCAGGCGGCUAAGGUGGGAGGUUCACUUGAGCUCAGGAGGCGGACGUUGCAGUGAGCCAAGAUCACGCCAUUCCACUCCAGCCUGGGCAACAGAGUGAGACCCUGUCUCAAAAAAAAAAAAAAUACUUUGUUUGAGGUGUGUGAUUGUAACCUCAAUACUUUUAGUGCUGUAUACGAACAGGGACACUUGACCUCUGUCUGCACUUCACAUUUUGAGUUGGGUCAAUUAGGUAGUUGCUUGUACUGUCUUCUACCUGCAGGUGGUAGAGUUUCUUUAUACUUCCCCAAGUUAAGUGGCACCUCUUUUCAGCCCCUGGAACUUACCUGGAAUUCUGCCCUAUACGGUGCUGUAAAACAAACCACGUUUGAAACUGCUGUAAAACAGAAACCAUGUUUGAAACUGCUGUAAUGUAUACAGGUCAGACAGCAUCCCUAAAUGUAAGUAUUCCUGAGGUCCAAGUGCCCCUGUGGCUUUCUUAGCUUAGAACAUGGAGUUAAUCUCAUUUUAUUUACAACAUCACAAAUGACUCAAAGGAUGCAUUUGUAUUUCCUUUUCUACAUAUGGAGAAGAGGAGAAGUUUUUUUAAUAGCUCUGCCUCGAGCUGAGUAUGUAAAUGUUCUGGUUUCUGUAUUCAAAUACUCCAUGUUUUGAAGUUAGCAAAGCCCUUAGAGAGUACAGCUGACCCUUGAACAACAGAGUGAGGAGGGGCACCGGCCCUGCAUGCAGUUGAAAAUCUCCUAUAACCUUUGAUUUUCCCACAACUUAACUUCUAAUAGCCUACUGUUGACUGGAAGCCUUACCAAUAACAUAAACAGCCAAUUAACACAUAUUUUGCAUGUUAUGUGUAUUAUGUGCUGUAUUAUAAUUAAGCUAGAGAAAAAAAUGUAAUUAAGAAAAUCAUAAGGAGGAGAAAAGAUAUUUACUAAUUCAUUAAAUGGAAGUGGACCAUCAGAAAGGUCUUUAUCCUUGUCAUCUUGUUGAGUAGGCUGACGAGGAAGAGGAGGAAGGGGUUAGUCUUGCUGACUUAGGGGUGGCAGAGGCAGAAGAGGUGGAAGAGGAGGCAGGAGAUGUGGGUGCCUCAGUGUAACUUUACAGAAAUACAUAAUUUCUGGCUUUUUUGCUUUUGCAUUUUUCUAAAAAUAUUUGUAUAUGGUACCAAUCCUUCCUCCACCACUUGCUUUAGGUUUAAUGCUUGUAUCAUAGAAGGGUCUGUGUUAUAAAAGAAGUGAAAAGCAGUCUUGACUAAUCAGAAACCUGCCAGAUUGUUUAAUGUCAAUUUGUUUUCUGAUGCUGCUGCUUCUGUGUCAUCUUCAUCAUCACCUCACACUGAUGGGGAAGCACUCGUCUCCAGCAGGUUGUCUUCUCUUUGUUCCUCUAGUGUGGUUAUCUGUUAGCUCUUGAAUUUCUCCAAGAUCCAUAUCUUGAAACCCUUCACCCCCCCACCUUUUUUUCCACAUCUACAAUCUCUUUCCUUGAUUGGCUCUGUUGUAAAUCCUGCGAAGUCAUGCACAUCACCUGGACAGUUUUCUCCUGCAGGAAUUUAUUGUUUCAGGCUUGAUGGCUUUCGUGGCUUGUUCGGUCACAAUGAUGGCAUCUUCAGUGAUGUAAUUCUUCCAGACUUCCAUGUUGUUCUCUCUGUUGGGGUUCUCGUCCAUAGCGUUGACAAUCCUUUACAUAAAGUACUGUGUGUAAUGAGCCUUGAAGGUCCUUAUGGCCUCCCAAUCUAGAGGCCAAAUUAUGAUGUGUUUGGGGGCAAAGAGACCACUCUGAGGACUUUAGUGUUGAACUCAUGGGGCUCUGGGUGGCUGGGGGCAUUGUCCAAUAUCAAAAGAACUUUAAAAAGCAGUCCCUUCCUGAGAAGGUACUUCUGACUUCAGGAACAAAGCAUCAAUGGAACCAAUCCAGAAAAAAGUUUUCUCAAUGUCCAGGCCUUCUUAUUGUACAACCAAAAGAUUGGCAGCUGGUGUUUAUCUUUUCCCUUCAAGGCCAGGGGGUUAGCAGCUUUAUAGGUAAGGCCAGUCCUGAUCAUAAACCCAACUGCAUUUGCACUAAGCAGUCCAGUUAGCCUGUCCCUUCCUGCCUUAAAUCCUGAUGCAUGCUUCUCUUCCUCACUAAUCAAUGUCCUUUGUAGCAUUUUUUUCCCAGAAGAGGACACUUUCAUCUGCACCGAAAACCUGUUCAAGCAGGUAUCCUUUCUCCUCAGUGAUUUUCUUAAUGGCAUCCGGGAACUCACCUGCUGCCUCUUGGUCAGCAGAAGCUGCUUCUCCUGUUAUCUUGACAGUUUUUAAGCCAAACCACUUUUAAGAAUGAUCAAACCAUCCUUUACUGGCAUUAAAUUCUCCAGCUUUAGAUGCUUCACCUUCCUUUUGCUUUAAGUUGUCAUAUAAUGACUUUGCUUUUUCUCAAAUCAUAUUGGAGUCUACAGAUAUGCCUUUCUUACAGCAAUCCUGCACCCACAUAAAAGCUACAUUUUCAAUACAAGAUUAAAAGGUAUUCUGCAAAAUGUGCAAGGUUUUCAUGCCUGCUGGUGUAGCUGUAGUGAUGGCUUCAUGAAUUUUUUUCUUUUUUGACUAUGGUCCUUACGCUGGAUUCAUUUAUCUUGAAAUGGUGAACAAUCACAGCUGCAGACCCUCAAUUUAUGGUACAUAUCAAGCAAUUUGGCUUUUUUUCUUGUAAUAAAAAAAAAAGUUUUUUUUUCUUUUUUUCAUGACACUGCUUCUUGGGACCACUGCCAGCAUUACUAGUGGCACUUCGUAUGGUUCCUAAGGUGUUAUUAAAGGUUUACAAUAUUGCACUAAACACAAAAAAUACAAGAGAACCACUGGAGAUACUUUUUACUGUGAUAUGUAAUUUACUGGAGAGAGGAACUGCUCGUUUGGAGAUGGUUAGCAUCACAGGGUGUUUUAAAUGGAUACUUGCAACCCUUGAGCUCACCACAGCAGCAACAGGAGGUGGCUAGGAAAUUAUUAACAGCAGGACAGUAUGCACUGCAGUUAAUUGUAUGCAGUUAUGAUUUAAUACCACAUCUUUAUGCUCACGUUUCUCUCAACUGUGAAUGGUGCCAUGUACAGUUGGUAUGUGUGUGUUUAAGUUUUGAUAAAUUUUUAACUUUUAAUAGUUAAAAUAGUUAACUAUUGGUAUGGUAGCAAAUGAUAAAGUAGACUAGUAUCUGUAUACAUUUUCUGCAUUUAUGACAUACCUUUUUCUUCAUUUUUUCAAUAUUUUAAUUGAAAAGUUCAUCUGAAUUUCAUCUAAGUUUUUUCAAAGUGAUACAAAUCUCCAAAAAAUUUUCCAAUAUAUGUAUUGAAAAAAUCCAGGUGUAAGUGGCUCUGUGCAGUCCAAACCUGUGUUGUUCAAGGGUCAACUGUGUAUGAAUCCAAGCGAAAGCUUUUCUUACACCUCAUAAGAACUAUUUUUUAAAAAACAGGAACUAGCAUAGAGUAACCAUCACAGGUAAAGUGUAAUUUGUUAUCAGCCAUCUUUUGCCUAUUUCAGUACUGGUCUAUGGCUCAAUGGUAAAAAUAAAAACAGGACAGUCAGAAGAUCUGGAAGUCCUGACCCUGCUUUC